UAUAAAUAAAUAAGGGAAGUAGAUGUCUUUGUCGGUUGAUCAGUGCAAUGAUAAUAAAAGCAGAUCAACUGGUUCAUUACGUUUUGUUCAAACUUACAAUGCCACGUUGAAACUAAAAUCCUAAUCAAGUAGGAGCGUUGAGCAUCUUAUUUAAGUAUUAAGUGCUUCACGACAUAUUUAGAGACAAUUCCUUCUACAAAAGCCUAGAAGAACACAGAGAGAGGAAAGAAUGGAUGAGACACUGCUGGAAAAGAGAGAAGCAGGGAGACUAUGGGAGGUAACAGCAUGGGCAGUUUUCCUGGAAGAGCUUAAGAAGGUGAGCUGCUUGGCAAUGCCCGUGGCAGCAAUGGCAGUGUUACUGUACCUUCAGGAAGUCGUAUCACUGAUGAUGGCAGGACAUCUUGGCGAGCUUGCGCUGUCUGGUGUUGCUAUUUCUACCUCUUUCUGCAAUGUCACUGGCUUUAGCCUCCUUAUGGGAUUUUCAAGUGGCUUAGAAACUUUAUGUGGGCAAGCUUAUGGAGCAAAGCAAUAUCAAAAGGUAGGAACCUACACUUACUGUGCAAUAAUCUCCAUACUUCCAAUUUGUAUCCCGGUAUGCCUGGUCUGGAUUUUCAUGGACAAGCUAUUAGUGCUAAUAGGCCAAGACCCUCAAAUUGCAAUGGUGGCUUGCAAAUAUGCAACAUGGCUCAUACCAGCACUCUUUGCCUAUGCCAUUCUUCAAUCACAAAUUCGAUUCUUCCUAUGUCAGAGCAUGAUUCUUCCGAUGAUGUUCAUCACACUGGCAACUCUAGUCUUCCAUAUACCUGUUUGUUGGGUUUUGGUAUUCAAAACAAGAUUAGGAAAUAGUGGGGCAGCAUUGGCGAUUGGCUUGUCUUAUUGGUUCAAUGUGAUCUUGCUCGGAUUAUACAUGAGAUACUCAUCAUCAUGCGAGAGAACUCGUGUCCUCGUCGUUAAGGAUGUUUUCUCGAGUGUCAAGGAGUUCUUUCGCUUUGGAGUUCCUUCUGCUGUAAUGGUUUGUCUUGAAUGGUGGUCUUUUGAGAUACUUAUAUUGCUAUCAGGACUUUUGCCUAAUUCAAAGCUUGAAACAUCGGUUCUUUCUGUAUGCUUUACAACCACGUCUGUGCAUUUCUACAUUCCAUACGGGAUUAGUGCUGCUGCAAGCACUCGGGUUUCAAAUGAAUUAGGUGCUGGAAAACCACAGGCAGCUCAAACAGCUUCGUUUGUAGUAAUGGUUGUUACUCUUGCAGAAUCUGUCCUUGCUAGCACAAUUCUUUUCUGUUGCCGCUACGUUUUUGGAUAUGCUUUCAGCAAUGAGAAGGAAGUUAUUGAUAAUGUAACCAAAUUGGUUCCCUUGUGCUGCCUCUCAAUAAUCAUGGACAGCUUACAUGCAGGACUUGCAGGGAUUGUUAGAGGAAUUGGUUGGCAGCACAUUGGAGCCUACGCCAAUCUUGGGGCAUAUUAUCUUGUUGGAAUUCCGACAGGGAUUUUAUGUGGUUUUGUUCUGGAAUUGAGAGGCUCGGGCCUUUGGCUUGGAAUGUUGGCAGGCUCCACUGUGGAAGGCAUUCUGCUGACACCCGUAGCUGUUUUCACAAAUUGGAAAAAACAGGCAACCUUGGCCAAGGAAAGAAUAUUUGAGGGAACAUAUUGAAAGCUGAGGAUGGAUUGAUUUAUUUUGAAGAAGCAAUUAAAUUGGGAUGGAGCUGAGGCUGAGGCAUAUUCAAACCAUAUCAUCAGAUUUUAGCCACUAAACCGUAUUUAUUUUCUUAUUUCCUUUUACCUUUUCCUCAAUCACCAAGCCUCUUAUGUAUUAUUCGGGGGUAAUAAAUAAAGUUGAAUAAACCAUAAAUCAAAGUACUUUGAAGAAAAAAUAUUAGCAAGCAUUUGUGAUUUUGUGGAUUGUCCAACCACUUAGCUUCCGGUUUUCUUUAAUCUCUAUGUUUACAUUGUUUUUUAA